CACAGUCGGGUUCCCUUUAGAAGGCGCUUCUUCCUUAGCCGGACCUCCCGGCAGACACCCCGGACGCGCAGCGGGCUGGCCGCAGCGCCCCGCACACCCGAGACUCCAGCGCGGGAGCUUGGGGUCGGCACCCCGGGGCCGAGGCAGGUGCAGCCGUCCCACCCUCGGUCUCCUCCUGCCGCACAGGGGCAGCACCAUGCCUGCCGGCGUGGAGGCUCUGGACCUGCCGGCGUGGAACGGAGCCUCAGGCCUGUCCUGGGGGCCCCGCCACAGAAAUGCAAUGGCUCAUCUUGAUUCUGAGGUGAAAGAGGAAUGUCUGCGGGAAGACCUGAAGUUUUAUUUCAUGAACCCUUGUGAAAAAUACCGAGCCCGACACCAGAUCCCAUGGAAGCUGGGACUGCAGAUUUUGAAGAUAGCCAUGGUCACCACGCAGCUGGUUCGUUUUGGUCUAAGUAACCAGCUCGUGGUUGCUUUCAAAGAAGAGAACACUGUUGCUUUUAAGCACUUGUUUCUGAAAGGAUAUUCUGGCACAGAUGAAGAUGACUAUAGUUGCAGUGUGUAUACCCAAGAGGAUGCCUACGAAAGCAUCUUUUUUGCUCUCAGUCAGUAUCAUCAGCUAAAGAACAUAUCCCUGGGGACCCUUGGUUAUGGAGAAAACGAAGACAAUAGAAUUGGCUUAAAAGUCUGUAAGCAGCAUUACAAGAAAGGGACCAUGUUUCCUUCUAAUGAGACACUGAAUAUUGACAGCGACAUUGAAAUAGAUUGUGUUCACUUAGACCUCUCCACAUACCCUCAGGAGUGGAAGAACUCGUCAUUCUUCAGACUGGAAUUUUAUCGGCUCUUACAAGUUGAAAUUUCCUUUCACCUCAAAGGCAUUGACCUACAGACGAUUCAUUCCCGAGAGUUACCGGACUGUUACGUCUUUCAUAAUACGAUUACUUUUGACAAUAAAGCUCACAGUGGCAAGAUCAAAAUCUAUUUUGGCAGUGAUGCUAAAAUUGAAGAAUGUAAAGACUUGAACAUAUCCGGAUCUAUUCAGAAAAACACCCAGUACGUGCUGGCGUUUGAUGCAUUUGUCAUCGUGAUAUGCUUGGCAUCUCUUAUUCUGUGCACAAGAUCCAUUGUUCUAGCUCUAAGGUUACGAAAGAGAUUUCUCAAUUUCUUCCUGGAGAAGUACAAGCGACACGUGUGUAACGCCGACCAGUGGGAGUUCAUCAAUGGAUGGUAUAUCCUGGUGAUUAUCAGCGACCUAAUGACGAUAAUUGGAUCCAUAUUAAAAAUGGAAAUUAAAGCAAAGAAUCUCACCAAUUACGACCUGUGCAGCAUUUUGCUCGGAACGUCUACGCUCUUUGUCUGGGUUGGCGUCAUCAGAUACCUGGGUUACUUCCAAGCAUAUAACGUGCUCAUUUUAACGAUGCAAGCCUCACUGCCCAAAGUUCUUCGCUUCUGUGCUUGUGCUGGUAUGAUCUACUUGGGCUACACGUUCUGUGGCUGGAUUGUUUUAGGACCUUAUCACGACAAGGAUACUGAAUAUUUCCAGGAUAUCAAAGCAAGCACUAUAACUGUAACUAGAGAGUGCAUUUCCCUUGUCUGGGCUUCAGGAGGCACAUAUUAACCCAGCUGAUCAUCAAAUGAGAAAUAUUUGGACGUGAGGUCACUACAGUAAAAAUGAAAAGUAAAUGAGGAAAGUAAUUACAAUAUCCUUCUAACUUAAAGCAGUAAGGUUUUCGUCCAGAUUCAUUGAGGAGAAUGAAGGUGGACAAAGACUGCCCAGAAUGACCCUGUUAGGUUUAUGAUUAAAAUGAUAACACAUCUUGUCUUUGUAGGUGGUUUUGAUUACAGUGUCCUCUUUGUGCCUUAUUAAAGAUCAGUAUCUGAAUUCUAAACUAACACUGGGCUUCACUCAGUAGCAGCAUCAUCGUAGGGACAUCAAAGUUAUGUUCAGAUGUUCUUUUAGAACAGUACAUUUGAUAGAUGCCUCAGGAAAUGAAAUUAGGUAGGCCUUGAUUUCAUACCAAAAUAAGUAAGAGGAAUCAUUGCAUCUUAUAGUUUUUCUUCCAUGGGUCUCUGGCAGUUGGAACAACAGAAACAACACAAUGAAAAAUAAUAGGCAGCUAUUACUUGAUGCUUGUAUGUCAGGUACUGUGCUAAGCAUUUCUGUCUCCUCUUGUUUGGUCUCUACAGCCCAGGCUACAGGUUUCUUGGCUUAGUGCAGAGGAUUGUGUUAAAGCAUAUAGAACAGCUCAGCCUUCAGUUUUGACCUUGGUAGUUGCAUGAAACAAAACAUGUGAUCAAAUCUGGUUUGCAAACUACUCACAAAAAGCGAGCGGUCCACAAAGCGCCAACUUCCUGUGUUAUCAUACUAAUGUAAAUCCUAGCAACUUGACACACAGGCAAGCUUUCUCCUCUUUAAGUGUUACAUUUAAUAUGUCCAGGGAGAAUGACUGUUUUCCUUUUUGAGAAACUGUGUAAUUAACAAAGUGACAAUCCCUGGGUUAAUAGUAAAUCUUGAUAAUAUUAUUGCUCUUCCAAUUCCAUGCCACUGCUUUAAAGGUGACUCAUGAGUAAAAAUCGUAGUUUAAUACAAUCUCUCAGAUCUGGAGUACUUACUAUUUAGCGCUCAGGAAAAUUUACGUUUCUCUUUCUCACUUACGUCCUGCUCUGCAUGCUUAUCAACAUUCUUGUCACUAGGGGGCAGUGUUGUACUGUGCGGAAUAAAUACUGAGCCUAAGAAUUUCUGCUUCAAUUCACUGGUUUCAAGGCCUCAGGAUGAGUGGUUCUUUCUCCUUUGCCCUCCAUUUCCUCUACCCCAUCAUUACUCUGGAAGAUGCUUAGAUAAUGUUGCUUGGAUUUUACUAAAAUAGCUACCAUUCCCAAGCAUUAUAUGUUAGAUAGAUAUAGUGCUCAAGUUCUUUACCUCUUGCUGUCAACCCACCCAGCAGCCCUGUAGGGGAAAUAUUACAUUUCUUUUACCUAAAAUCAGGAUCUUAAGAUGUUAGAUAGUUUUCCCGAGGUUACACAGCUAGUAAAUAGCAGAUAGGAUUCACACCCAGGUUUGUGUGACCCCAAUCCACGUGCUUUGACCAAUGCCCUGUAGGGCUUUUCUUGGUAUUCUCUAAAACAGAUCAUUACAAAAGAGCAUUUGGUUUGACCCAUGAAUAGAUCAACUGUGAGAGGAGAGCUACUUAAUCAGUCUUACUUCCCUCAAUGUGUCAAGAUUACCUUGAAGAAAAUGAUGUUAUUUGUUUUGUGAGUCCGAGUGUGUUUUCCUAUGUUUGGUUCUGUCCUUUUAAAGAAUCCAGGUGAGAGUGGGAUUCUCUGGACUAGCACUGUUCAGUAAAAAUAUGAGAGCUCCAAAUGAGAGCCACAUGUGUAUUUCCAAAUUUCCUAGUAACCACA